GGAGUUCUUCAGCCCAGAAAUAUCUUCAAUCCUUUUGAAACAUGAGAGCUACUUUGCACACGAGCUUAUAAGCGGUUCGAUAUGUCCCUUAUCCGAUACUGAGGUUCGACAGCGGAGAUUUUCCGUCAGCGUCGAUCCUGAACGGCUCUGCAUCCGCUCGAGUCGACUGUUUCGACAAGAGAUUACCCCAGAUUGCUCCACACAGCCAAUACGGCCCCAUGAUGCGGAUCCACAUUCGUAAGCAUGGAAGGGCAUUUGCUGAUCUGCGGCCAUUUCUCCGGUUCGAAUCAGCGUAUUCGAGGUAGCUAUUUGGCGUACCCCUCAACCGCUACGAUGGGAUGAUGAGCUCGGCUUGAUCGCGGCUUGGGCACUCUAUAAGCUGUGUCUUUCCUUGCCCGCCCUUCUUUAUCAGGUCUCAUUUCCUGUCCUGCAUGAUACUUCUCCGUCAGGAUGUUCAAUCAUCUCGUCGUCAAUUCGUACAAUCUCUGGGUCGUCGUCUUCGUCGGCCUGGGGACCAUUUCCACAGCCUAUGGAUUAGCGAUUAUCGGCUCGACGGUCGGGCAGCCGAAUUUCUACACUUACUUCAACCUUGCGCAUCAAGGCGAGCCGGGAUAUGGCCACACAACCAACAUGAUCGGCGCCCUCAACGGCGUCAACAGCGCCGGCGCAAUCGUCGGCUGCAUCUUCAACGCCUGGACCUGCGAGCGCUUCUCCCGCAAAUACAGUAUGAUGGUCGGCUGCUGCAUCCUCAUCCUCGGUGGCGCACUUUGCUCCGGUGCAGUCGACAUGGCAAUGUUCCUCGUUGGGCGCUUCAUUGCAGGAUGGGGUGCGGGCAUGCUGGCUUGUGCAGUCCCGAUGUACCAAGCUGAAGUUUCGACACCUGAGACUAGAGGCGCGAUGGUGUGCGUUACGGGGAUUGCGUAUGCGCUGGGGUACACGCUGGCCGGGUGGCUGGGAUUCGCAUGCUUCUUCCUUCCAGCCGACUCGCCUUAUGCGGAAUUUGCGUGGAGGUUCCCGCUGGCAUUUCAGUGCGCGUUCCCGCUCACGGUGCUGGCAGGAUGGAGAUUCAUCCCGUUCUCUCCUCGCUGGCUGCUACAGCAGGGACGCCGCGAGGAAGCCCUCGAGGUUGUCAAGAAGUUACACGCCACGCCUAAGGAUCCGCAUCAUAUCCGAGCCCGCGAGGAAUUCUUUCUCAUCGAGAAGCAAUAUGAACUCGACCGGAACCUCGAGGUCCGUUCUUUCGAACUGUUCCGGACGACAGCGAAUCGAAGAAGGGCUCUCGUCGGCUGCCUGCUCAUGUGGGGCGAUCAAUUUCUCGGUAUCUUUAUCAUGACCAAUUAUGGAGUACUCAUAUACGCAUCGCUUGGAUUAUCCGGCUUCGUACCGUUGCUGCUGAAUGCGUGCUGGACCAGCUUCACGAUUGUGGGCAAUGUCUGGACCGCAUUCUUCAUCGAUCGCUUCGGACGACGCACAUUCAUGCUCAUCGGCUCCACUGGAUGCACGGCGUGCGUUAUCUUCCUCUGUGCGCUCACGGCCGAGUUUCUGAACACCUCGAACGUGGCGGGGUUGAGGGCAGCAGUGUUCUUCGUUUUCUUUUACAUCUUUUGGUGGUGCUUUUUUAUUGACGCAACGCAAUACGUCUAUAUCGCAGAAAUCUUCCCAAACCAUCUGCGUCCUCAAGGCGUCGCUUUGGGUCUCUCAGCCUUCUACCUCGCCAGCGAGAUCACCCUCGUCGCAGCUCCAGUAGCACUCGCGGAGAUAGGUUGGAAGUUUUACCUUGUCCUCAUAUGCCCUUCCAUCGUCUACAUCGUUCUCAUCUACUUCCUGUUCCCGGAAACAAAGGGCAGAACACUCGAAGAGAUCGGCGCACUGUUCGGUGACGAACAUAUCGCGAGCCGAUGGUAUGGUAUGAGCGAGGAGGAGAAGGAGAGAAUUGCCCGUGAGGCCAUGGCGGAGAUCGCCGAGAGUGGGGAGAAUGGGGAUGAUGGUGUUGAUAAGCCAGAGAUUGCCAGGAAGGAAAAUGCGUAGCCUGUUUGUAGACUAGGAGAAAGGGAAGACUACACAGAGAGUAUUUGCAGCAGUAGAGG